AUGGCCGAGGAGCUCUCCGCGGCCACGUCCUACACCGAAGAUGACUUCUACUGCCCCGUCUGUCAGGAGGUGCUCAAAACGCCUGUGUGGACUGUGGCCUGUCAGCACGUUUUCUGUAGAAAGUGUUUCCUGAUUGCAGUGAGAGAAAGUGGAAUACAUUGUCCCCUCUGUCAUGGAAGUAUAGUUCCUAUGACGUGUCCUAUUUGUGUGUCUCUUCCUUGGGGAGAUCCUAGCCAGGUUACUAGAAAUUUUGUUAGUCAUGUAAAUCAAAGGCAUCCGUUUGAUUAUGGAGAAUUUGUGAAUCUUCAGCUAGAUGAGGAAACCCCGUAUCAAACUGCUGUUGAAGAAUCUUUUCAAGUAAACAUCUGA